AUGGCAUUGGCGCUGCUUCCACCGUAUGAGUCGAGUCGAUCUCUGCAGCCUCCUUUACCUUCACACGCCUUUCUGCUGGCAUCCGGUGCCAUGGACCAGACAAACAAAGUCAGACCCUCGUUACCAUCAAUCUCUAGCCUGCUCGGACCAGUCAGUGAGCACUCUGCCAAAGGAAAUGCUUCCUCUUCAACAUUCGAUCCCGUACGACGGAUAUCGGGGGGAUCACAUGGACAUGGAAUAAGCCCUGACAGGACGAAGAUGGCAGCAAGCCCAAGGUCUCUGCCUCCACCAACACCAGAAUUCCUGCCAACGUCGAAUUUUGACUUCGCGCGACCUUCGCCCACAAAUACCUCACCUGGAAUCAGCUCAGGUCGGAACGGUCUCCACCAGAGCACAAACCCCGAGCUGUACGCUCAACGACCCUCCUCGUACCCGUCAGUCACUGAGCCGACGACUGCCUAUCCUUCCUCGGCCGAAUCCAAUUCAUGGCCAGCGACUUUUCCCAAGCGAGUACCAGACGCGUUGCCUCAGGAGAAGCCGCUGCGUUCUUUGACAGCCCCGUCAAGCGAGGGUCAGGUGGAGCCCCAAGUAUUCGCUGGACUUUCUCAACAAAGACCGCUUCCGACAGACUUCCCUGGCCCCCUUCCCGGUAUAAGUCUGCCGCCGAUCAACCCAUCAAUGGCUCCAACGUGGCAGCACCAUCAUUAUUACCCACCCAACAACCCUCCCUCAUAUCCUCAGACCCAAGAACGGUACAUUUGUCCGACAUGCAACAAGCCCUUCUCAAGGCCGAGUUCUCUAAAAAUUCAUACGUAUUCACAUACAGGUGAAAAGCCCUACAAAUGCAAGCAUGAAGGAUGCGGAAAGUACUUCAGCGUGCGGAGUAACAUGAAACGACACGAGAAGGGCUGCCACGGAGGUGAAACAGUAGGAGCUGCAAAGGGACACAGUCCACGAACAAGC